GAUCAUUGUACAUUGUAUGUUUUUAACAAAAUCUUACAAACUUUUUUAAGAAUAUGUGUAUUUAAUUACUUAAUUUAUUAAUAUUAUAAAGUUAGAAAAAUGCUUAAGUCAACCUUAUCUAAAAUUGGUUAUUUGCCCAAUUUUAAUUCAAUAGCAGGAUUAAAAUACUUUGCUCCCCCAGUGAAAUAUGAUCAUAUUCAACUACCUGAGAAGCCAAAACUAAAGUUCUUGGAAAAGGUUCCUCAAUAUGCUCCAGGUCUACGACCACCGAAAAUGCAAAAACGAUUACGUUUGAUGCGUGGACCUGAAUUAAUUCAUAAUACUCUUAUACAUAAACAAUAUGGAAUUAUGGCAUUGAGCGGAGGUCGCUUACGGGCGGGACAUAUGGAAAUGAUGAGGUUAGGCAUAGGAAGAAGAAUUGAUGUUGACAGAAUGUUUGCUAUUUGGAGAGUAGACCCUCCUUGGCAACCUGUAACUAAAAAAGGACAAGGUCAAAGAAUGGGUGGUGGAAAAGGUGCAAUAGAUCACUAUGUGACACCAAUUAAACACGGAAGAAUUAUUCUUGAAGUGGCUGGACAUUGUGAAUUUGAAGAGGUUAAGCGUUUCUUAACAGAAAUUUGUCAGAAAUUACCAUUCAAAGCCAUGGUUGUUUCUCAAGAGAUACUUGAAGCUCGAGAACAGAAAGAAAAACGUAUAGAAGAAGAAAACAUUAACCCCUAUACAUUAGAAUACAUAAUUAAAAACAAUUUGGCAGGCUGCCAUAGGUGGAUAUCACCUUUUGAUCGGAAGUGGUUUAUGAAAUAUGUUUAAGUUUUAAUUAUAAAUAACAGUUAAAAUACAUCUGUAAAUAAAUGCAAUAACACAAAAUCAAGCAUUCUUU